AUGAAAAUCCAAUCCAAUCAGCUGUUAGGGCUCGCUCCUUGGGGCUUACUCUGCCUCUUGACACAGGUUGUCAAGGCAUGCCCCUCCUCUCCCCGUUCGAUUUCUAUGCCUACUCUUAAAACUGGAUUUCCACUCCAAAGCCAUCCUUCUCGUGCUCUCAACUCACGCGCCGCCGGAAAUGGCUCCUGCAAACUCAAGCCGACUCCAGUGGAUCUCAGCGAUGGUAUCGGUGCUACAGACCAGAAUUUUGCUCCAAGCAUUGGCACCCUCAACGGCUAUAUGAUUUUCGUUGACUUCCCUGACGCACCGGCCUCAGAGGGCACUGAGGAACUACACCAGCUCUUCGUUCCCGGUGCACCAGACUGGUACACCAAUUCCUCCUUUGGCCAACUUAGUCUCGACAUCACCACCGACACCUCCCGCUUCUAUCGCAUGCCCAAAGCAUCCACCUCCUACCCCUAUGACCGGGGGAUUACCUCAGAGCUUCUAGCAGAGUACAUUCAGGACGCGCUCGACUCAGUCGGCAAGGCCAUCAACUUCGCCGGCACCGAUGUUCUCUAUAUCGUCCCGACCAAGGCAGCAAAGCACAUCUCGUUCUCACCUACUUACAUGGGGGAAUUGACUGCAGGGGAUGGGACUAUCAUCAGUAAAACUGUCACCUUCGGCCAAGACGCUCCUGACUCAUGGGGCUUCCUAGUCAUGAACCACGAGACUGGACACACAAUGGGUUUACCGGACCUGUAUCCGAGUGCGGAUGAUGGCACCAGCACCACCAUGUAUGUCGGCGGGCAUGACAUUAUGGGUUUAAUUAGCGGGGGGCUUCCGGAUUACUUUGCAUGGCAUAAGUGGAAGCUGGGAUGGUUUUCCGACGACCAGUUCGAUUGUGUGGACGGUGCUGGAUCGACGACUCACACCAUUACCCCCGUUGGAACCAAAGACGGCGUUAAGGGAGUGGUUGUGAAGCGGGAUGAGACUACUGCUAUUGUCGCCGAGGUGAGAGCCAAGGAUGGCGCGGAUACCAGGGCUUGCAGUACAGGAGUGCUUGUCUAUACGGUAUCAACAUCCACGGCUUCGGGCCAAGGCCCUAUUCGCGUUCAUGAUGCGACCCCAAGUUCAGGGGGGUGUGAUGGGGAGGAACUAAAUGAUGCCCAUUUCACAACCGAGACGGGACGGGAGACUUUUGUUUCAGAAGAUGGAGUAAAAGUCACUGUAGUUGGGCAGAAGGGAAAUGAGUAUACCGUUACAGUCGAGGUGGCGUGA